AUUCUAAAGAUUUAACAGACAGUAAACAAAUUAUAUUCGUUACAAUCACAAUGUCCGUAACAAUUAUGGUAUUGUUGGUUCUAUUCUUGUCUUGCGUGCUUUCCAAAAGAGGUAAGCCGAGACCUAUACUAUAAGUAAUGAAUUACAAGAGCGUUUAAGGUUAUUUGGUACCAAGGUAGAGCCUAAAAUAAAAUGGUUUCUAUUUAAAUAGUGCGUUUAAUCCAUGUUUUCAUUUUAACUACUAAAUUCUGUACUUGUAUUUUCUUACAUUGCGUGAAUAUUUUCUCUAUUGUUUGGAUAGUUUAACCUAUCUUAUUUAUUGGCAAGAAAGAGCACUAUUUGAAGACACUUUUUUUUUUUAAAUUAACAUUAUCGCUUCAAUGCUAAAAUUAAACAAUUAAAAGGAGUUUCUGCUUUAGGCCAUCGAAGCCAUCUUUAGCAGAAAAUAUGCUUUAAAAAAUGUGUUUUCGGAUAUUUUUUGUUUGUUUAUCUCUCUUUUUAAAAAAAAAUAAUUCGAAAAUAUAGAUUAGAUUAAGUAAGAGUACCCGGUAGGUAAAAAGAAAUUAUAAAAAUUUAAAUUUAUACAGGUAAUAACAAAAAAACAAACAAACUGUCGUCUCAUUAUAAAGCCGAUGACAUAACGUAGUUUAUAAACAUUAUUUAAUUCAGCAUUUAACAUAAACGUUUCUUCUUUCAACUAUGUAUGACUCGACACAAUUCAUUUUACACGAUUGGCAUUUUUUUUUAAAAAUCAUAUUGAAGUAAAUAUUUGACUAUCUAUUUUUUGUUUUUCCAGCUCGUAAAACCAAGCAUGCCGUCAACACAGUCGAUACUACAUUGGAUGUGAGAAUGAAACGCCAUGAAAUGUACCGUCUUUCUUCGGAUGCUAUAGAAAGCCCCAUUGGCGAUUUUGCAGAACAAGUCGGCACAAACAUUGACGAUGUGACAGGCCGAGAAGUAAGGGGUCCCCGAUACGUAGUCGGCCACGAAUAUAUCGAUGUCAUUGACGCGUCCAGUGCCGAGGCUGAUCAACAUCAACCGAGUCAAUACGAUACACUGGAUGAAAGCGAUGCUUACGAAUCUGUAAGCUACAAGCAAGUUGGCUUGUGUGAUGGGGAUGCCGAGGUCCAUAAGCAGACCGAUCACGGCGUUCAAAUUUCACAAGUUGAAUAUGCUCGGGAAAUCAAGCACGGCAGACAACGCAUUUCAAAAAGCUCAACCCUGUAAUAACAGAGAAUAAUUUUUUGAACGAAAUGGUGUACAUAUAUCAAUUUGAAUGUUAUUACAUUUUCAUAAACAUCUUGGAGCAGUUAUUUCAAUAAUGUACAUUUUUGGCGGUUUUUUUUUUAAAUUUUUAUUGUAACAUGUUUAACGUAAAGAAGUGCUACAUAAAUGUGUGAAUGUUUGUGUAUGAUUGUGUACCGGUAUAUCGUAUGUGGAGAGAUAGACGUAUUGGGUAAGGAGGAAGAUAGAAAACAAAAGACAGGGUUGGCAUAGUAAUUAGUUGUUGUUUUUUUUGUUUUUUUACGUAAUGAAAAUGCUAGAUUAGUAUGAAUCACUGACAUGAGUAACAAGUUUUAAAGUUCACUCGAAUGUUGCAAAUGAGAAUUCAGUGUUUAUUUUUCAGCAAUUAAAUCACAUCCUGGUUAACAUAGCAACCUUGGGACUCAGUCCAAAACAAAAUACUAAUUAAAACAUUAAACAAACAAAAAACAAACAAACAACGUUUUUAAAAAAAUUCAGUACAUUGCCAUUAGUCGUAUGCGACCACUCAAUAUUGCCUAUGCAUUUUCAUAUGAGUUUCAAGGUAUGGAAUUGUGUUGUUGUUUUUAAUAAACACUAAAACAAUGUUAUUAUUCUCUAUGUUUACAUACGUAUGAAUGCAUGAAAAUAUGAAUCCCCACGUAUGAACUAAAUGCGUUACAAUUAUUGUUGCAAUAGUAAUACAUUUUGCCGAGUCUUCCCGUCCUUAUCGUUUAGAAUACAGUGUAUCCCUCUUUGAACUAGCCCUACACUCUCUACAUUAGUGCUGAUUUAUUCCCAUACACGUUCUUUUAAACCUCAACAGUUUUAUUUUAAUGAAAAUUGCUGGACAUGAUUGACACUUCUUUUAAAUCAUCAGACCCACAUUCGUGCCCCAUUUAGAAUCAUCUUU